AUGUCCCAAGACUCGAAUCCACGUACGAAAAGAACGACAUUUCGUCGAACGAUGACGGUACUGGCCACAGUCGAGGCUACUUCCAACAAACGUAACAACACGAACGUGUACGACGACGUCGCCAUUUUACCUGGAUAUAAUGUCACCACGACAGCAAGCGGCGCGGCCAGCAAGACGAGCCACUUCGACACCGAUUUGCAUGGGAAUGUUAACAUUCUUCUAGGCGGGGCGAUGCUCAGCGGCGUAAUUAUGGUCGUCUUCCUGAUGUGCUACUGCUGUCACAAGAGCAUCCGGAAGAACCGACCGCAAGAGUACCCACAGUACUGGAGAACGGAACCGGACGUGCACAGUCUCGAGGUUUUCACCACGGAAGCGCACGCCGCUUGCUGCGAGAGACAAUCAACGACAGAGGGUAACCAAGAUGAGAGCAACUAUGGCGCUCUAUCGUGUCCAGUGACUCCAAACUCCGGUCCAGGUCCACCUCCAACUUACGACAGUUUGAUCUUCGACCCUAAAAGCUUGCCAGCCACCAUCGACAAGAAGCCAGACGGUGUGGACACGCCUGGUACCAUAAUUCCCUCGAUGGUAUCCACGUUGCUGGGGCUGAACACUGCCGUGAGGUCCACGGAAUGCAACGAGGAGCAAGAAACGUCCGACGAGGGACUGCCUUCGUACGAGGCCGCCUUGAAGCUAGACGCGAAUGGCUACGUGUAA